UAAAAUACUAAGCAUAGAAGAGGUGUCAGUUUUGCCUUUUUUUGUCCUAUAACUUAAUCCUUCAUAUAUGGCCUAUCUGGUUGGCAGCAUUAGUUCAUAAUUGUUCUCCCCUGCUUUACACUCCUAUAAAUACAACUUCUUCCUACAAAUUCCCUACCUUUCCCCAUACAAAUUGACUUCUGCCAUUUCAAACUAAUUUCUCAUUGUAGCUUCUUGAAGCACAAACCCACCAUCAUAUCUCUUGUGUUACCACUUACAAUAUUACAACAAAAAAUCAUAGUACCGAACUGUAAAUUAAAUGGACUUUCUUGGAAUUUACCUGAUAACCCUCCUAGCAAUUUCCAGAAAGAUUCAUGGCUAUGGAGGUGGAUGGUCUAAUGCUCAUGCUACUUUCUAUGGAGGUGGUGAUGCUUCUGGUACAAUGGGAGGAGCUUGCGGUUAUGGAAAUCUUUAUAGCCAAGGCUAUGGGACAAGCACAGCUGCUCUGAGCACUGCUCUAUUCAACAAUGGAUUAACCUGCGGAGCAUGUUUUGAAAUUAAGUGUGUAAAUGAUGCAAGAUGGUGCUUACCAGGUUCCAUCAUUGUCACAGCAACAAAUUUUUGCCCUCCAAACAAUGCUCUGCCAAGCGAUGCAGGAGGCUGGUGUAAUCCUCCUCUGCAACAUUUUGAUCUUUCUCAACCUGUUUUUCAACAUAUAGCUCAUUAUAAAGCAGGAAUAAUCCCGGUUCAAUACAGAAGGGUUGCAUGUAGGAAAACUGGAGGGAUAAGGUUCACUAUAAACGGUCAUUCGUACUUCAACCUUGUCUUAAUAACCAAUGUUGGUGGUGCUGGUGAUGUUGUGUCUGUCUCUGUUAAAGGAACUAGAACUGGUUGGCAACCAAUGUCUCGUAAUUGGGGCCAAAAUUGGCAGAGCAACUCUUACCUUAAUGGUCAAGCACUAUCUUUUAAGGUUACAAUAAGUGAUGGACAUUCUAUCAUCUCCAACAAUGUUGCUCCUCCUAAUUGGGGUUUUGGCCAAACCUUUACAGGGACACAGUUCUAGCUUAGGUCUAACAAAACUGACCACAUUCACUUCAGAGACAUAAUUAGAACUGAUUCAUCUGUAUACUUCAAAAUUAAAGUGUUAAAGUGUAUGUAAUUUAAAGACAACGGUGUCAUAGCAAUGGGCCCUUGUAGCCACGGCCUAAAUGCUUUCUUUGUUUUUCUCUUCACACCCUAUGAAAGGGUUAGUCGUGAUCUGGUGUGAAAUGGGUAUCUGCCAAAUCAUUUUUCGGGUUUGGCGGACUAAAUCCCAUAUGUCAUUAUAGCUGGUAUUGUUUAUUUCUGGUUUGACUUUCAGAAUGUAACGAAUAAAUUGCUAGUGAUGAUGGUGAGGAAGUUCAGAGUAAACUCCAGGGCUUUUAGAUGGGCAGCGUACCCAUGGAAUGAUUUAACUUGAAGAUGGCAAUAAAGCAUAUUUCGCUGUUACCCCUA